CUGCUUGCCCAUCACCGUUCCCGUCAAGCCAAAAAUUAUGCGAAACCUCAAGAAGACCUCCACAACACGAUUACCGCAGGCUCUUGCCGAACAGAUCCGGGAGGGGUCCGAUUCCAAUGGGACGCGGCACAGAAAGCAGACGGCCGGCAGCGGGAAGAUCUCCCGAAAAGCGCUAAGAAAGCAGGAGCGUCUCGAUACAAAACAACGCAAGGCGCAUUUCUUCGCCGCGCCUCAAAGCGCGAAACGCGUAGCCGAGGAAGAGCACACCGAUUCGCCUCAGCGCAAGAAGGUCAAGCUCGGUGCACCGACGGCGACUCCGGUGCUGACUCCUGCCCCGGCGAAAGUCACAAACGCAUCGGUAGCGAAAACGGCUGGUGCUUCCGCGAAGACUGGUCCGGGGCUUCCUGCCCCGAAGGCCAAGCCGAAGCAGACGGCUCUCGAAAAGCUGGUUGAACGGGCGGGAUCCGGUCCAUCCCUCCGGAUUCCUCGGACGCAGAGGGAAGAGGAAGAGGACGCGUACAUCGCCUACCUGGAAGGCAAGCUUGGGUACUCCAAAGGUAAAGGCAAAAGCGAGGGGGACGGCCUUGACGACUUGUUCGACUUUACGACUUCCCUGGAGGGGAUCGGACGGACCGGCGACGGCUUGGCCAGUGCGGGAGAGGAGUCGGGGUCUGUAGGAGAAGAAGACUUCGAAAUGGACGAUCAGGAAGACGAAAGCAAGGAAGUGGGCGUAUCAGACGAAGAAGCUAGCAGUGAAGAGGAUCUCGAUGAUGACGAUGAGGAGGAGUGGACAGGUAUCCAGGCUGACGAAGAGGAAGAAACUACAAAGUCAAUAACGUCACAAUCGACACCAGGGACGGCUUAUGUUCCUCCUCAUCUUCGAAACCAGCAAAAGGGGGGAGAAGACUCGGAGGCCCUCUUGAAGCUGAAUAGACAACUGAAAGGUUUCCUGAACAGAAUGACAGAACAAAACAUUGCUUCUAUCUUGGAUAGCAUUGAGGAGGCCUACCGCAAGAAUCGGCGCAACGAUGUAACAUCCACGUUGACCACGUUAAUCAUCAACAGCAUCGCUUCGCAUUCCUCUCUUUUGGAUUCCUUUGUCGUGCUUUACGCGGCAUUUGUAUCCAGUCUCCAUAAGAUCGUGGGCAUUGAAUUUGCGGCCUACUUCGUGCAACACGUCGUGUCCGAGUACGAAAGACACCGCUCAGAGCUCGAUGGCGACCCGGUGGACGUAAACCAAGAGUCGACGAGGGGGAAAGAGUGCUCCAACCUGAUCGUGCUCCUCUCUGAGCUCUAUAACUUUCAGGUUGUGUCCUGUGUGCUCGUAUAUGAUCUUAUCCGCGGCCUCCUGGACGGCGAAUUGUCCGAGUUCAAUGUGGAGUUGUUGCUCAAGAUCGUUCGUAACUCUGGGCAGCAGCUACGGCAAGACGAUCCAUCCGCGCUGAAGGACAUCAUCCAGAUCGUCCAAAACACCAUCUCGGAUGGUGACGAAAUUUGAGCUCUCGCACAAGAUUCAUGGUCGAGACGCUGACCAAUCUGAAGAACAACAAGUUGAAGCGGAACGUCACGCAAAAUCAGGGUGGCGACGCGGUCGAGCGCAUGAAAAAGUUCCUGACUGGACUGGGAAAGACGCGGCAUGUGGUGGCGCACGAGCCUCUGCGCGUCAGUCUGCAGGACCUCCACGCCGCAGAGACCAAGGGAAAGUGGUGGCUCGUCGGCGCCGCUUGGGGCGGCGAUCCCCUGGUCGAUAGACAGCAGCAAGCCACCCCUGCCGUCGCUGUCACGGCGGACACGGACGGCGGGGACAGCUCGCUCGUCAAGCUGGCCCGCAAACAGGGCAUGAACACUGCCAUUCGACGCAGCAUCUUUAUCGUGCUGAUGAGCUCCGACGACUACGUCGAUGCUUGUGACCGCCUCUCUCAACUCAACCUGACCGAGGUGCAGCAGCGUGAGAUUGUGCGCGUGCUAUUGCACUGUUGCGGAAAUGAGAAGACCUACAACCCAUACUACGCGCUUGUCUGCCAGCACCUCUGCCGCUCCUCCCACUCGUACAAAAUCACACUCCAGUUCUGUUUGUGGGACUUUCUGCGCGAUCUGGGAGAGUCCAGUGUUGGCGGCCAAGCCGUGAUCAAGAACCUCAAGGAGGACGAAGACGGCUUUGGCCUCAAAUCCAUCUCGCAGACGAGGCUGAGGAACGUGGCUCAGGCGUAUGGGUGGUGGAUAGCUAGGGACAGUGUGUCGUUGACUAUCCUGAAGCCCGUCGACUUUACCACCCUCAAACCGCAGUCGUUCAAGUUCCUGAAAGAGCUCGUCGUGCAGGUCUUCAUCUGCAGCCAGUCGGUCACGCCGGUGCUCUCCGCCGCCGGGAUCCCCAUGUCGCGGAACCGCGCGCCGGUCGAGGAGAUAUUCCUCAAAGCGAGCCGCAUCGAAACGCUUGCGAUGGGUCUCGUGUACUUCCUCACAGAAGCUUUCCGUCGCGUGGCGGACGACGCGGAGAUCGACGACGCCGCGACGCCGCUCGUGCGAUGGGCGGCUGGGCUUGCCAAGGAGACUCUUCGGACAGGGGUGGAUAUAGGACAAACUAUGUAACCGGUAACUUGCGAAUGACUGGUCAUGACUGGCUACACGCGUCCUACAUGUCGACGAUGUUGAGCACGUCGAAGGGAAUGACGCGGAAGGCUGCGGUGAACGUGAGCGCGUCGGCCACGAUGAUAUUCUCGAAGUCGUCGUGCAUGAGGAUCUAAGUGAGGCAUCUGUUCAGUGGGAUGACGAUCUCCAGGUCAGGGAGCCUCUGACCUCGAAGAGCUUAGCAAAGCUCUCUCCCUCGAAGAUGGCCAUGCCGUCCCACUCGCUCUGGGCGUCCUGGUCACACAGCGAGCCCAGCUUCGACUCGACGAUCUGGUUC